AGAAAAGAAAAAAGAAAAGAAAUGGCUCAUCUGGUAGAGACGAUGUCGUUUGUCCGAAACGCAGGGACACGCCCUGCCUUCUUCUUCCUUGGAGAGCUUCCUUGGUUACUCAAGGAGGCUGCAGACACAGAGCCAUGCCAGCUAUACACAGGGAGAAGCCAAUCAAAUCAAAGUAAGAGAGAGAGAGAGAGAGAGAGAGAGAGAGAGAGAGAGAGAGAGAGUGAGUGUGUGUGGAAUUAUGAUAAAGCAUUUAAAGAACCGGACAAAAGCCUUCUCUCCCUCAAAUUUUCUCUCAAAAUCUUUCACCGUCUCACCAACAAAACACCCUUUUCCCUCCUACACAAAGCCCCACAAAGACCCAACAUUCCUGAAAUCCUCUUGUGGUUUUCAGUAUAUGCACACAAAUACAACUCCACCGUCAAGAUCAUAUCUUUAUGCUUCAUUUUUUUGUACUCUAAUACACCUAUACUUGACCUGCGGUAGACUUUCAAAAGCUACAGACACAUUUUAUGACAUGAGAAAACAUAAUAUUGUUCCAACUUUGCUUCUCUGGAAUCAGCUCAUUUACCAUUUCAAUGCCUUCGGGCUGGUCUCUCAGGUAUGUGAUAUCUAUACUGAGAUGUUGUGUUCUGCAGUUCCGCCUAAUGUUUAUACCCACAAUGUAUUGGUACAUGCUUGGUGUAAGAUGGGUAAUUUAAUUUUAGCUUUAGAUUUGCUUAGGAAUGUUGAUGUCGAGGUUGAUACAGUUACCUAUAAUACUGUCAUUUGGGGGUUUUGUCAGCAUGGUUUGGUUAAUCAGGCAUUUGGGUUUUUGUCAAUUAUGGUAAAGAAAGAUACGUGCUUUGAUACUAUUACUUGUAAUAUAUUGGUUAAAGGCUUUUGUAGAAUUGGGUUGGCUAAGUAUGGAGAAAGGAUUAUGGAUAAUUUGGUUAGUGGAGGGACUUGUAAAGAUGUUAUUGGCUUCAAUACGCUGAUUGAUGGGUAUUGUAAAGCAGGAGAGAUGAGUUUGGCGCUCGACUUGGUUGAAAGAAUGAGAAAAGAGGGUUUGUUGUCUGAUAUUGUUAGUUAUAAUACUUUGAUCAAUGGUUUUUGCAAAAGAGGUGAGUAUGACAAAGCGAAGAGUCUACUUCAUGAGAUUUCAGAGUCUAGAGGAGUUAAAGAUAGUGUAUUUUUUAAUAUUGAUGAUAGAAUCAAGAAGGAUGAUAAUCUGAAUUUGGAAGCAGAUCUCAUCACUUACACCACUAUCAUAAGCACAUACUGUAAGCAGCAUGGGCUUGAGGAAGCACGUGCGUUAUAUGAAGAAAUGAUUAUUAAUGGAUUCUUGCCUGAUGUAGUUACUUAUAGUUCCAUUGUAAAUGGCCUUUGCAAGGAUGGGAGGUUAUCAGAAGCACAAGAACUGCUAAGGGAGAUGAAGAAGAUGGGUGUGGAUCCUAAUCAUGUGGCUUAUACUACUCUCAUUGAUUCAUUAUUUAAAGCAGGGAGUGCUUGGGAAGCUUUUGCCUGUCAAAGUCAAUUGGUGGUCCGUGGGAUGACCCUUGAUUUGGUUAUGUGCACCACAUUGGUCGAUGGGCUUUUCAAGUCUAGCAAGCCCAAGGAAGCAGAGGACAUGUUCAGGGCACUUUCAAAACUCAAUCUUAUUCCAAAUAGUAUUACUUACACAGCAUUGAUUGAUGGAUAUUGCAAGGUAGGAGACAUGGAAAGAGUGGAGUCUCUUUUGCAAGAAAUGGAGGAGAAACAUAUCAAUCCCAAUGUCAUCACGUAUUCUUCUAUCAUAAAUGGAUAUACAAAGAAAGGAAUUCUAGAUGAAGCUAUUAAUGUUAUGAAGAAGAUGCUAGAUCAAAAUAUUAUUCCAAAUGCUUAUGUUUAUGCUAUACUAAUUGAUGGAUAUUGCAAGGCAGGUAAACAAGAAAUUGCUACUGAUCUCUAUAAUGAAAUGAAAUUGAGUGGACUGAAAGUAAACAAUGUUCUAUUUGAUGUUCUGGUAAACAACUUGAAAAGAGGUAAAAGAAUGGAUGAAGCUGAGGAAUUACUUAAAGAUGUGACUUCUAGGGGCUUGUUGCUUGAUCAUGUUAACUAUACAUCUCUAAUGGAUGGCUUCUUCAAGGCAGGAAAGGAGUCAGCUGCUCUAAACAUGGUUGAAGAAAUGACUGAGAAAAGUAUACCAUUUGAUGUUGUUACGUACAAUGUACUAAUAAAUGGUCUCUUAGAACAUGGAAAAUAUGAAGCAAAAUCUGUUUAUAGUGGAAUGAUAGAGAUGGGUUUGGCUCCGAACCAAGCUACAUAUAACAUCAUGAUUAAGGCAUACUGCAAACAGGGGGAACUAGACAAUGCCCUUGAACUGUGGAAUGAGAUGAAGAGCCAUAAGAUAAUGCCAAGUUCAAUAACUUGCAAUACCCUAGUAGUAGGACUUUCUGAAGCUGGUGAAAUCGAAAAAGCAAUGAAUGUUUUGAAUGAAAUGUCGGUUAUGGGAAUUCAUCCCAACCUGGUCAUCCAUAGGGUUCUUCUUAACGCAUCUUCAAAAAGUGGAAAGGCCAAUGCAGUCUUGCAAAUGCAUGAGCAACUUGUUGAUAUGGGACUUAAAAUCAAUCAAGAAGCUUAUAACAAUCUGAUUGUUGUCUUUUGCAGGUUGCGUAUGACUAAAAAAGCCACUUCAGUGUUGAAAUACAUGAUUAGGGAUGGGUUUGUAGCAGAUACGGUCACUUAUAAUGCCCUCAUUCGUGGGUACUGUGAAAGCAGUCAUGUCAAGAAGGCGUUGGCCACCUAUACUCAGAUGUUAAAUGAAGGAGUUUCUCCAAAUAUUGUUACAUACAAUCUUCUUCUAGGCGGUCUUUUAGGAGCCGGUUUAAUGGCAGAGAGAGAUGAAUUAUUUGAUAAAAUGAAGGAAAAUGGCUUGAACCCGGAUGCUUCAACAUACGAUACUUUGAUCUCUGGAUAUGGUAAGAUUGGAAAUAAGAAGGAAUCCAUAAGGCUGUACUGUGAAAUGGUUGCACAAGGCUUUGUUCCCAAAACUAGCACAUAUAAUGUGCUUAUUAGUGAUUUUGCUAAGGUGGGAAAGAUGGACCAGGCUAGAGAGCUUCUGAAUGAGAUGCAAGUGAGAGGUGUGCCCCCAAGUUCUUCCACUUACGAUAUAUUAAUCUGUGGAUGGUGCAAUUUAUCUAAACAUCCUGAUCUAGAUAGGACUUUGAAAAAGAUAUACCGAACUGACGCAAAAAAUUUAAUCACAGAGAUGAAUGAUAAAGGGUUUGUCCCAUGCAAAAGUACAAUUGCUUGUAUCAGUUCUACCUUUGCUAGACCAGGAAAGAUGCUUGACGCUGAGAAGCUGCUAAAGGAAAUGUAUAAAAGAAAGAGUGUUUAGUAGAGGACAGAAACAGAAGACAACUGUAGCCAGCCCUUUCUGUGACAGUGGACAUACGUAUUGUUAUGCUGCUCCAUGCUCUCAAAUGCAGAGAUAGGUGUACUGUACUGGGAAGCAAAGGCAAAAAUGUGUUGCACUACCAUUUUGAGCUGUAAAGCAGACUGCGGAACUAAAUUCAUCCUUCUGAAAAUGGAGACA